UCAAAUGCAGCUGCGCCAUUCCUCCUUUGUCCAUUGAACAGAGGGAUUCGGUUAGCAGAGGAGAAACACCGGCUUUGCAACUUGACCAUUUAUUUAAACUCACCGAGACCCCGCGGUUUCUGUUAAGCUUACGAACAGGGCAAGGCUUCUUUCGUAAAUACAAAAAAAAAGCCGCGGUAAAAACCGGUUAAUUAACGUUAUGAGCCAAGCGAAUGGUAAUCAAAUCAAAUCUGAGUCAGUCAUAGAGUCAAGCCUAGCACAGCAGAAAAGCAACAUGGAAGACACGAAAUACCUCCCGGAGCUCCUGGCUGAAAAGGACAGCUUGGAUUCAUCGUUCACCCACGCUAUGAAACUCAUUUCUGCAGAGAUCGAGAGGAUCGAGAAAGGUGAAACUAAAAAGGAGCCAGAGAAGGAAUCAUAUCUGGACCUAUUUGCCACCAAGAGCCACAAACUCAAAGAGCGAGUACUCAUUCCAACAAAGCAGUACCCCAGGGUCAACUUUGUUGGUAAGCUUUUGGGACCACAGGGCAGCACAAUCAAGAGACUUCAGGAAGAGACUGGAGCCAAGAUUUCAGUGCUUGGAAAAGGGUCCAUGAGAGACAAGACAAAGGAAGAGGAGCUAAGGAAGGGUGGUGAGGCUAAAUACGCCCACCUGGCCAUGGAGCUGCAUGUGUUUAUUGAGGUGAUGGCCCCCAUACCAGAAGCUUAUAUGCGCAUGGCUCAUGCCAUGGAGGAGGUCAAGAAGUUCCUGAUUCCGGAGCCUGGUGAGCAUGACCCCUACAUGGACCCUCACUUCCUGAAUGGAUCCCAGGAUGGUUCAGGCAGAGGACGUGGUGGUCAGUUUGGACGGGGCAGAGGUGGACCACCUGGUGCUGGAGGACCGAGGGGUAGAGGAAUGCCACGUGGUGGCCCUCGUGGAGCAAUGCGGGGUGGAGCGCCACGUGGAGGACCAGGAAGAGGCAGCGCUCCCAGAGGUGCACCUUCUGGCAGGGGUGGACCACCUUCUGCUCCUAAUAGAGGGGGGUCAAAUCCCCGCUCUAGAGCCCCUACAGCAGGUGCUCCAAGGAUGCUCCCCUCUGCAGCUAUGUCCCAUCAGCAGCACCAGGGUCCUCCAUCAGGAUCCCAGCCCAAGGCUGAGGGCUAUGAAGACUAUGCUCCUUAUGAAGAGUCCUAUGCUGAGCCUGCCUAUGAAGGAUAUGACAAUUAUUACAACCAGCAAUCUGCACCAGCUGACACUGAAUAUUAUGACUAUGGACAUGGAGAGGCCCAGGAACCUUCAUAUGAGCAGUAUGCUCAAGACGAGUGGGACAACUCAUGGUCCAACUCUGGGGCUGGAGGAAAGGCCCAAAUGUCCAGGCAGACAAAAGGAUCCUAUAGGGAGCAUCCAUAUGGAAGAUACUGAACGGCUACUGGUAGAGAGUUGCUAUGGCAACUGUCUUAAGAUUGUAACUCGCUGAACAUUUUUCAAAAGUAAUUUCCCUCUUGUUUGUUCACCUUUUUUAUGGUUUAUUUUAUUUUUUAAAACUCGUUAAAAUCGUUUUUUUGAAGGGGGGGGGGGUGUAUCAUAGAGUGCCAGAAGUGGAACGUGAAAGGUUUUUCGUUGUUUACCUGUUUCCAUUUAAUGUUUGUUUCAGUUGCGUAGAUGGCAGUUAAGGUCCUAGUGACAUAAACCUAACAAAGGAACAAGAGCAAUGUUUUAGUGAUAUUUGAUGGUUAGCAUUUUAAGUUAAUUGUUACUGUAAAAAUGUGAUUGUGGCGAUAAACUCCUCUCACGUAGACUUGAUUUUUUUAAAGUCCUCCAUUGACAGGACACAAAUUAUGCAUAAUGCCUCAAUGUAAUUUUUCUAUAACUAGUUAACGAUCAAGUCACAAACUCAAACACAGCCCUGAGCAAUCUAGUUUUGAGAAGUCACAGAAUCUCCCAAAAUAUGAUUGACCUUUUACAAAAAAAAUGAUUCUAUUUUUGCCACCCAUUACAAUUGGUAUGUUAUCUGUCCCAAGUUAUACCUGCAAAAACGAAUUCAUGUCAAGCUCGAGGGAUUACAAUCCUUAUUGUGUGUGAGAAAAGCUGCAGCCAACUCAAUAUUUUGUACAUAAUCUUAGGACAACUGUGUAUGCUUUAAGCCGUGUCGUCUCUAAAAUGCAUAAUGCUUGUGUACCUUUGGCUAAAUAGGAUUCUUAAUAUAUCCCAAAAUGUCUUUCUGCAGUGCGUGUUUCAAUAAAGUUUCUAGUUUCUUUUUAACCAAUCUAAACAUGGUAUUUUGCCUUUGUUGUACCAAAGGAAUGCCCUCACUUUGUGAAAGUGGUCCUCCGAGGUUUCUCAACAAUCCUGAGAAAGCUGUAUGUAUACCCGUCAGCCUGGCAAAAAACGAAAACAGCAGUGUUUUUACAAUGACCUUAUCCACUACGUCUGUUUUCAAAACGUACCUUAAUGACACCUGUAAUGUCACCUUCAAAAACGAAUAAAGCUCAUCAUUCCUUGAGAUAAUGUGCUGCCAAAUAUAUCUUCUACCUGAAAGUGAUAUAGUGCUUGAACAUGUAUUGUCUUUAACCUCUAGUUAGUUCAAGCUCUCAAGAGAGCAAUGUAUCUUCAGCCACUUGAAGUAACUGAAUUUCAACAGUAUUUCAAAUCAAGCUUGCAGGGAUCUUACUUGACUUUGAUGCAAAGUCAUGCUGGCUGGUUAUAUAAAAGAAAAAAAUCGCAGAGGAGAGGAUUCUAAAAGCCUAAAGAUCGCCACAAGAAGGUAAAACUAACCCCAACACUCAUUUGUUAGAAUUUUAUUUUGUUUCUGUGCAAAACAUCAAGUAAUGCAAGUCAUCCAAAACAUAUUAAAACAUUCAAGUACAAAAUUAUGCUAUCUGUAGAUAUUCCGAGCAAAAUAAGCGGUAAAAAAAACAAUCAGAAAUGGUUGUGAUGCAACUCUUGCUCAAAUAAAUCUAAUAAUGAUCCAUUCAUUUCUCUCAAUACUUCUCAAUUUCCAUCUUGAUAAUUACUGUAAAUGUAGAUAAUUGAAAACUUAGGUUGCACUCAAAGCGCUAAAACAUCCCAUUGGGGGACAAAAGCCCUUCAGCUUGAGUUGCAUGAUACUUUUGUAGUUUAAAGCAAGUUCUGCAUGUGUUGUCCACUUUGUACAUGAAAGCACCGUUUGUGUCCAAGAUCUCACUUCUGUUUCUUUUCUUAGGUUGUCAGAACUGUGUAAAUGCAGUUGAAACAUUAACUCCAGCUAACCAGAGAUUUAAGGCCCAUUGGUAGUACCAGGAAAGAGCAAAGGCCUUGCAGUGUCUCUAAGACGGAUUCUUCCUAAACAGAUUUUUGUUUUUAAAGGUGCAGAGGAAGGCUCUAGAUUUUCUCAGACCCUUCUGACAUUGUUGAUGCAGAGAAAAAAUGUGUGUUUUUACAUUUUUUGAAAAUGUCCUUUUUACAAUAUUUUUAUACUUGAAAACUUUGACUUGUCUUUUGAGAAAUAAAAAAGUCUUAAUGUGAA